UCCAAGUUGACAAGGAGCCUUUUUCUUCAUCCUGAAUACAUCCUGAGUUGAGAAGACGUAGAGAUGAGUCUUACAGUCGAUGACAUGGCCGCGGUCAAAGCCCUUUGGGGCAAGAUCGGCGCCAAGGCCGAUGAAAUCGGUGCUGAAGCCUUGGGCAGAAUGCUGACCGUGUACCCCCAGACCAAGACCUACUUCGCCCACUGGGCUGACCUGAGCCCUGGAUCUGCUCCAGUGAAGAAGCAUGGAAAGACCAUCAUGGGAGCUGUUACUGCCGCAGUUGCCAGCAUUGAAGACCUUCCUGGUGCUAUGUCUCAGCUCAGCGAACUGCACGCUUACAAGCUGCGUGUGGACCCUUCCAACUUCAAGAUCCUGGCACACAACAUCAUCGUGGUCGUGGGCAUGUUGUUCCCUGGAGAAUUCACUCCCGAAGUCCAUGUGUCCCUAGAUAAGUUCCUCCAGAACGUGGCCUGGUGUCUGGCUGAGAGAUACCGCUAAACCACCAAUGAGGAAAAGAUGUCUGACUGACACAGUUGUUCUGUGACAGAAACAUGUCUGAAUAAAAUAAGUUAAUGAAUGAAAACCAA